AGUGAGGAGUGCUCUUCCAGUCAGUCAGGAGCACGGAGAGAGGAAGGAAGCACAGAAAAAAUCCCACUAAGUUGACCAAAUGGAUUUCUUCACAGGAGUUCGGCCUUUGUUAUUUUCAUAUGUACUCAUUAACGGCAUCCUUAUUACGCUGCAAACAAAGGAAGAGGUACUUCUGGACAUGAAGGCCACAGGAGGUGAGCUGGGCUGGCUGACAUGGCCUUUAGACCAGGGAGACAAGCCAGGGUGGGAGGUCGUCCAAAGGACCCUGAACGGCUCUCAGUUUUACACCUAUUCUGUCUGCAAUGUUGGUGAGCGUGAACAAGACAACUGGCUGCGCACCACCUUCAUCCAGCGGCGACCGUCAGCAUCGCGGGUCUUUGUGGAGCUCCAGUUUAUCGUACGCGACUGCAAUUCCUUUGAUGGUGCCUCAAUGACCUGCAAGGAAACCUUCAACCUCUUCACCUCAGAGUCGGACGUCGAUGUGGGCACCACCUUCCGCAAGGGUCAGUUCAAGAAAGUGGCCACUAUUGCCCCCGAUGAGAUCACAAGCAAGAACGAGCUGCGCAUCAACACCGAGACACGAGUGGUGGAGAACCUCUCACGGAAAGGCUUCUACUUGGCUUUUCAAGACAUCGGCGCAUGUGUCGCUCUCCUCUCGGUGAGGGUUUACUACAAAACCUGCCCCGCCACAGUGAUGAGCCUCGCGUCCUUCCGGGAAACAGUGGCUGGCGGCGAGAACCAGGCUCUGAGGGAAGUGAGCGGGAUAUGCGUGGAUAAUGCCGUCAGCGAAGAGCUGCCUCGUAUUUACUGCACCGUAGAUGGAGAGUGGGUGGUGCCAGUUGGACAGUGCCAGUGCAAAGAGGGUUAUGAAGAAGUCAAAGACAUGUGUCAAGAAUGCCAGCCCGGCUUCUUCAAAGCAGAAGCAUCCGGUGAUAAGUGUCAACCGUGUCCUGACAACACCCAGAGGCUGGGUUCGGGGGCUUUGUUCUGUCCAUGUAAGAAUGGCUUCUAUCGGGCCCCUAGUGACCCCUCCACCGGACCUUGCUCAGGUCUCCCCUCAGCUCCCAGAGACCUGGCGGCAACCACCACUCAACUAUCCGCUGGAAGAAUCCUCCUCUCGUGGAGCCCCCCAGAGGACACGGGAGGUCGUACGGACAUCACCUACAGCGUGGAAUGCCAGCGCUGCGAGGGUUCUGCGUGUCAGCCCUGUGGCGACAAGAUCCAUUACGAGCCAUCGAGUGCGGGCCUGACAGACACUAAGGUGUCGGUGAGCGAACUGGAUGCUCAUCUGAACUACACCUUCACCGUGGAGACUCACAGCGGCGUGUCUGUGUUUGCCAGUCAGGCAUCACCACGGGUGAACAGGCCGCCGUCCACUAGUGCUCUGACUACAUCUUUGCACUACACAGAUCCUCCAAAGAUUACCUCCAUGCGACUUGUUGAGAAAACCGCCACCAGACUGUCCAUUUCUUGGGAUGUGUCACGCCGACCACGCUUUCAACCUCGGCCAGUCCGCUAUGAACUUACCUAUCGCAAAAAGGAUGACAAUCUGGAUGUGACUACCUACACCGUGCUGAUCCUGGAGAAGAGCUCAGUGGAGAUCAAUGAUCUGGCCCCUGGCACUGCCUACCUGUUCCGGGUCCAGGCCCUCAGCAGUGACGGCACCCCUGGAGGCUCCAGUGUGGAGGAAGAGUUUGAAACGUCGUCUGCAGAACCUCUGACUCAGACCAAUCCUGCACUGGUUUUCGGCGUGCCAGUCUUAGGCGCAGCUGUGUUGUUCAUACUGGUUCUAGUCCUUUUCCUCCGCAGACGGAAAAGAAACUCUCACACCAGACAAGGACCAGAGGACACGUACUUCUCCAGCCCAGAGCAACUGAAGCCCCUGAAGACCUACGUGGACCCCCACACAUACGAGGACCCCAACACAGCUGUUCUUAAGUUUGCCACCGAAAUCCACCCCAACCACGUAACCAAGCAGAAAGUCAUUGGAGCUGGAGAGUUUGGUGAGGUGUACCGUGGUAUUCUGAAGGUGCCUGGCAGGAAGGAGGUAGCAGUUGCUAUCAAGACACUAAAGCCAGGCUACUCUGAGAAACAGAGGCAGGACUUUCUGAGCGAGGCCUCUAUCAUGGGGCAGUUCUCCCAUCAGAACAUCAUUCACUUGGAGGGAGUGGUCACCAAAUUCAAACAUGCCAUGAUUGUGACAGAAUACAUGGAGAAUGGCGCACUGGACAGGUACCUCAGGGACCGCGAUGGUGAGAUUUCCUCCUUCCAGUUGGUGGGCAUGCUGCGUGGCAUUGCUGCAGGCAUGAAGUACCUCUCUGAUAUGAGCUACGUCCACCGUGACUUGGCCGCUCGUAACAUCCUGGUCAACACCAAUCUGGAGUGUAAAGUGUCAGACUUUGGCUUGUCGAGAGUGCUGGAGGAUGAUCCUGAGGGGACCUAUACCACAAGUGGGGGAAAGAUCCCCAUUCGUUGGACAGCUCCAGAGGCAAUUGCAUACAGGAAGUUCACCUCAGCCAGCGACGUGUGGAGUUUUGGCAUUGUCAUGUGGGAGGUCAUGGCUUUUGGCGAAAGGCCUUACUGGGACAUGAGUAAUCACGAGGUGAUGAAGGCUAUCAACGAGGCUUUCAGGCUGCCGGCGCCUAUGGACUGUCCCUCGGCUGUUUACCAGCUAAUGCUUCAGUGCUGGCUGCAGGACCGCUCCAAAAGACCACGUUUUGGGGACAUUGUCAGCCUGCUGGACAAACUGCUGCGUAGUCCAGAGUCCCUGAAAGCCAUUGCAGACUUUGACCCACGCGUAGCCAUCCGCCUGCCCAGCGUCAGCGGCUCAGACGGUUCCCCCUUCAGGUCGGUGUCCGAGUGGCUGGAGUCCAUAAAGAUGAGCCAGUACAGUGAGAACUUCAGCUGCGCUGGCAUUGUCAGCAUGGACCAAGUCCUGCAGAUGAAGAACGAGGAUAUUAAGAACAUUGGUGUCAGGCUUCCUGGCCAUUUGAAAAGAAUCGCCUACAGCAUUUUGGGUCUAAAGGACCAGACGAGCACCCUGAGCGUGUUUGCAGUGUGAUCAGCAUCGUAAAUGGACUUCAUAUCAAGCACUGAAGCAGAAAGCCCCUUGUGGACUCUUAAUUGAGCUGGAGUGAUGCUGCACAGGAGGCUGUGGAUGGACGCAACCUAAAGAGUUGUGACAUCUCUUUGGGGCCGACUGAAAGAAACAAACAAAGGAACUUACUGUACAGUUUUUCUAUUCGCAGCAGACUCAACAUCAACAUUAACAAAUAGAUGAAGCAAUGUACAACUAGGAUUUUCUUUCUCUGCAUAGAUGCAAUUCAUUUUCCAGGCCUUUCUCGACUUUGCAUUCCAGUUUCAAAGAAAAAAAAACUUGUGGGAAUGGCUUUGCAAAUGUGCACCCAGUAUUGAGCAAACACAGAAGGUGUGGCAGCGUGGGAGGAGAGCGCUAUAGAGGAGUCUAGCUCUGGCUUCGUUCCACUUCCUGUUCAAUCAGUGAGGACACGCGAGGUCACAAGGGGCGCUUGAAAGGAGCUGGAGCUGGCCAAACAGCAUCGCUCAUUUCAGAAACUAAGCUAUAAUUUUGUCAGGCUUAUAUGUAUAAGGUACUCUGUAAAUAAUUGACUUCUGUAUAUAUUCAGGAGUUUACCAAAACCACUGGGAUUAAAGAAUUUCUAAUGUAGCACUUCCUUUGAAAAUAUUGUGGUUUUGGACAUAAGGAAUAGAAAAAUGUCUUGUUAUGCGAAAAAGAAGUGGCGCAAAUGAAAAGGCACUCUAUCUGAUGCUGUUUUUAGCUUGCCGGUAAUGAAGAUGGAGCGAGUAAGGUUUGCCAGAAUGCAAAAUACCCAUGAAAAAAACGAUGUAAUGAGGAGAUGAUUUCAUACUAAAUAAUAGUUUGGGUUGCAAUGUCAAUGUCUGGUCUAUUUUAGUAAACGACACGCACACAAAUGGUCAUGUUCUUGAUUUGAGCAACAUGGAUGCAAAGGUAUGCUUUGACAAUGAAGUGCCACUUUUUCCAGACGUUCAAAGUCAUUCUUACAAGUGCCUGUUUGUUUGCUUAUGCGGUGCUCUUAAUUGAUGACUGCAAAUUGUUGUUACUCAUGUUCAACUUCCUUUACUUGAAUUUUACAGCAUUUUUUUUCCAAGUGUAUCUAUGAUUCUUUUGGAGCUCUAGCUUUGGAAAAGGGAUUUUUUUGUAUUGUCAUUAGAUUUACAUUUUAUAUGAGUAUUAGUCAGCAGAUUUGUAAAUUUUCCACUUCUGUUCUAUCCAAAGCAAGUUUUUAGUUGCCUCUCCAAAAACAAACCAUUUUCAAAAAGCAAAAACCUUCAUUUUUGCCUUAUAUUUUUUUAAAAACUGUAUUUAAUAGUCUAUUUAUUUGUUACUUUUUAUUUAUUCAUCCUGAUAAACACUGAGCUGGAUUAUGAUUGAAGGUCGCUCUGUCAUUCUACAUAGAAAAGAAAAAGCUCUAAUGUGUCCCUUUUAUUGCGGAAUAUUUUGCUUUCUUUACAUACUGUAUGUGGAGCAAUAAAGUCUUAAACUGAAUUUUGGCAAAUCUUGAUUGAUGUAAAUUACUGACUUAUUUAUUUUUGUUUAUUUGCUUUUUCUAAUGAUUAUACUGUAUGUGAUUUCCCUGCUGAAAAAAACAGCAUGGAAAUUAUGCUGGUCUGUGCUGGUUUGGUGCUGGUUUAGCUGGUGGACCAUGUUGGUCAGUGCUGGUCUAUGGUGGUCUAUGCUGGUGGACCAUGCUGCAUGGACCACCAGCAUAGACCAGCAUAAUUUCCAUGCUGGUUUAGGCUGGUGGACCAGCAUCAGCAAGGCCUUAAUAAUGACCCUGGUCCACCAGCAUGGUCUUCCUGGUGCAGCUGGUUCACCAGCAAUUUUUCUUUAAUGAUGCAGCACUGGAAAAACUCCAAAGUAUAUUUUUUUCUAAUUUCUAGUCAAAAUAUCUCAUCACACUUAAUAUAAGACAAAUCAUCAUCUAAAGAGUAUGUUGUUACGUCUUGUUAAGUCAAAUGGACUUGAAAACAUCAUGUUUUGAGUCAUGUGUCAGCUGAAACAAGUUUUUGUGACAUGUUAUCUAGUUUUUAAGCUGCUGUGUUAUUUGUAAAAGAUGACUUGUCUUGUUUUAAGAAAUAUACUCAAAUCAAAACAA